AUGGACAACAACCCGAGCCGUGUAUUUGCGGCAGUACUACCGGCUUCUGGUCGUGAGUUCAACCGACAAGCUCCCAGCAGCCGGGUUAGGGAGAUCCAGGUGACCGGGACGGCGGAGGUCUGCAGCCUGGCAGACAGAGCGUCGGUGCGGGUCAGUGUGGACAGCAACAAGGAGUCAGUAAACGAGGUCACCGACAGUGUUACACGGCGACUCGACUAUAUUUUACAAGCUCUCAGGCAAAAUGGCGUGAAGGAUGAAGACACUACAGUGAGGAGGUUUCUCCAACGAGAGGCAGACCUGUAUCACAUGAAUGCAGAGGUCACGGUCACUUUCUCCGAUUUUGAGAAAAUGGAGCAAAUAUGCAGCGUUCUGGUGGAGAAGCUGGACAAGAGUGUCUGUGUGGGAACGCCACAAUUCUACCACAGUGCUGAAUGCCUGAGUCAGCUGAGGAGGCGUGUUUGCGUGUCAGCGGUUGAAAAUGCUCAGCAGAAGGCCAGCGAAGUCAGUCAGCUUCUGGGACAAAGUCUGGGACCACCUCUACUAGUCAGAGAAGAGGACACAAGGGAGUGGAGGAAUGAGGAUGAGGAGGAUGGAGGCAGAGGGCAAGGUGCUAUGCCCCUUCCUCACCUUCCCCGCACACCCAUGAUCACUGCCUCCUCACGGGUGUCUGUCUCCUUCAGCCUCAGAGACAGAAGCAGGAAAAAUCUCUAAAGACAUUUGCUGUUGACUCAUGAAGCCAAAGAGAUGAUUAUCA